AUGUUGAAGCGUUGGCACAAUUCUCCAAAUUGGGCAUCAACAUCCGUUUUCUUGCUUAUUGGAUACUUGGACUCUGGAUUGUGUUUUCCUGGCUUCGCAAAGGCCCCUCAUCUAUCCAACACAUCGUGCGUCGCAAACCCCAUCGCAAAAACUGCUCAAAAUCUCAAGGCGCUAUACAAAAGGACGCCGCCCGCACGGCUGUUUUUCGAGCACACCAUCGAUCUAAGUGUCAUGGCAGUAGAGAGCGGGAUUACCUCAGUUAUUGAUAUCGCGCACGAUAAUCAAGAACUUCAGAAGAAGGCUACAGAGCUAGUAUGGUUUCAGGAUGAUCUGAAGUAG